AUGGAAGUAACUAGUAGUUGGAUUAGUAUAGGUGAAUGGUAUGUCUCAAAGAAAGAGAUUUACACAAUGUCGUGGGAUGUUGAUCUUCAAAAGAAUAUAGUGAUUGCAGCACCUAAUGGAGGACCUAUCGCUGUGACUAGAGAUAGAACUAAAAUUGUAGAAGCAAACAUUCAAACUUCAAAGCCACUUAUCUUUUUAUAUACUGCAUCAGGUCAACCUGUUUCACAAUUAAUCUAUGAUGGUAAUAUUAUAGCAAUGGAUUGGAUAGAGAAUGAAAGAUUGGUUACAGUUACUUCAAAUGGAACUAUAUCAGUUUACAAUAUAUUUGGAGAGACAUUAUCACAAAACAAUUAUUAUGAUUUAAUUGAUCACGAAGAUAUUAUCGACUGUAGAAUUAGUAAUAGUGGUAUAGUAGUAUUAACAAAUCAAUUCAACUUUUAUCAUAUUGAAUUAUUUAAGAGUGAAAGACCAACAAAAAUGGCAGAUCAAUAUAAAGAAGAAUUGGAUAGAGAGGGACCUUCAGCAUGGGCAGUGGUGGAAUCUGUGUAUAGUACACAACAUGGAUCAUUGGGAGCAGAGUUGAUUGUAGCAACUAGAAACUCUGUCUAUAAUGUCGAUGCCAGUCGUGCCGACAAUCAAUUGACAGCUCAACACUAUGUACGUAUUGUCGUUAGUCCAUGUGGCAAAAAGAUGGCGUGUCUGUCACCCAACCCAAACGGCGAGCAAUAUGAUUUGUACAUUUACAAGACUGACUUUUCAAGUCAAUUGGCCAAGUACAUGGGUGUUGCAAAGCGUACACCACACGCCCUCAAAUGGGUAGGAAGCGAGGGUGUCAUGAUGACUUGGAACCAUUCGAUGCGAUAUUUUGAGGCUGGCGAAUCGAUCGUCGUCCCAUCACACGACCCAGAGAGUCGUGCACCAGUGUUUGUCGUCACCGAGAUUGACGGUCUUCGUAUCAUCAGCGAAGGCAUAUCCGAGUUUUUCCAACGUGUUCCAAGCGAGCUUCGUGAUAUUUUCGACUUUGGUAGUGGUGCUCCAUCGAGCUUUCUCUAUUCGGCUGCUGCCGAUUUUGCCAACCACGAUCCAAAAGCCGACGAAGCUAUCCGUCAGAUUCGUGCAAAUUUAGAUAUUGCUGUUGGGACUUGUAUUUCAGCGGCCGGAUACGAGUUUAGUCGUGCCGAACAAAGUCGUCUCCUCAAGGCAGCUAGUUUUGGUAAAUGUUUCCUCGACUCUUACAACCCCGACGCUUUUGUCGCAACAUGUCGUUCGUUGCGUGUACUCAAUGCCAUCAGACACUUUGAAAUUGGUAUUCCAAUGACCAUGCGUCAAUACAACUUUUUGGGACCAGAGACUGUCAUUCGAUGUCUCAUUGAACGUCGUAAACAUCUGUUGGCGUGGAGAAUCUGCGAUUAUCUAAAGAUCAAGUCUGACUUUGUUCUCAAUCACUGGGCUUGCACCAAGGUGCGUACCAACUUGCCAGAAGAUGUCUUGUCCCAGGUCAUCAUUGAAAAGCUUGAAGCUGUCCCAGGUAUCUCUUAUGCCAACAUUGCUUCUGCCGCUCACAAUGCUCGUCGUCCAAAUCUAGCCAUCAAAUUAUUAGAUUAUGAACCAAGAGCUGCCGAUCAAGUUCCUCCUCUCAUUACAAUUGGUCAACAUGAAAUGGCUUUAAACAAAGCUAUUGAAUCUGGUGAUACUGAUCUUGUAUAUUUAGUAUUAUUAGAAUUAAAGAGACAAUCUGGAUUAACUGAUGGAUUUUUAGAGAUUGUAUUCUCAAGACCAGUUGCGUUGGAUUUAUUGAUUUCAUUUUGUAAACAAAAAGGAGAUGUUGUAAUGUUAAAGAAAAUUUAUAGUAUUAGAGGACAAGUCAAGGAAACUGGUCACUUGCAUCUCUCUGAAGCAUUUAGCACUGACGAAUUUGAUAUUCGUCACAAGCAUCUUGCGAUGGCAGGAUCUGCAUACUCACAAUCAAAAGACAAGGAUGAUUUGGUCUAUGCCAAAUUGUGCGAGGAUCAAGCCAAGCUUGAGCUCUUGCAAAAGGAACUGGAAAACCAACACGAAGGCAAGGAGUUUUUGGGUAUCUCUUUGAGCGAUACCAUCUAUCAAUUGAUCCUUCUCGGCGAACAUAAGCGUGUGUCAAAGAUUAAAUCAGAAUUCAAGGUUAGUGAUCGUCGAUUCUGGUGGAUUAAAAUCAAGGCCCUGUCACAAGUUGGUGAUUGGGAAGAAUUGCACAACUUUGCCAAGGAAAAGAAAUCACCCGUCGGUUAUGAACCUUUUGUCGAAGUCUGUAUGGACUUUAGUAAUCCAGUAGAGGCACUUAGAUAUAUUCCAAAAAUUCAAGAUCAUGUCAAUAGAGCCCAAGCUUAUCUUCAAAUCAAUUACUUUAGAGAGGCUGCUGAAACUGCAUUCAAAGAAAAGAAUUUAGAUUUAUUAAAUUUUAUUGCUAGAAAAUGUACAAAUCCAGAAGCUUCUAAUAUUAUUGAUCAAAUGAGAGCUCAAUUAUCUAAAUAA